AUGAACCGCUCUGGGAGAAGCUACAGUUCGGCAUACGGCAGACCUUCGGCCGCCAAUUUUCUUUGGACUUCUUCGACGAGCAGCAUCUCAGACUUCAGCGUGGCUUACUGUGCUACUGGCUGUGCUCUGAACACGAGCUCGGGUGGUUUGUCCAAAGCAGACGACUCGAGUUGCAAGGAAUUUUCGGUAUCAACGACAUACCUCAGAGCCUACGACUACGAUCCAGAAGCCUCCCCGAUCACGAACGAUCAGCAAAGAGCACCGCUCGAACACACCCUCAGGUACAUAGAGCACGUAGCUGCUCAAGGCGGCCGUCCACGAGUAAGCGCGACCAAGCUGGCAUAUAUCAAGCUUCUGGAGAGGGCAGACGACCUGAGGACUUUCCCAACUUUCUCUGCGUUGCCUGCAGUCGUACGCAUGAGGAUAUAUGGCCUUGCUAUGCAGCCGAAUGCGGCUACGGAGGGCAUGGAUGCCGUGCCGCAGCCACCCAUCAGCAUGGUCUCGCGUCUUCUGAGGUACGAGACUCUACCACUCUUCUACCAAAACCAAAAGAUCGGGGUCCAGCUUCGUCAUCAAGGUCCAACGCCUCAACUCCCUAACGGCGGCUUCAUCAUGGAUCAGAGGAUCGCUCGCUAUCUCGCCAGUCAGGCUAGAGAGAGCCUGAUGCGCGCAAAUUAG